GCGGCCGGACCUCGGCCGGAAGUCGGCGUGCCCGGGCGGAAGGGGCAGGGCCGCAGGGCCCUUCCCACUGCUGCGCCACGUCUGCGGAGGCUGUGGCCGUGCCGUUGACGGAGACCCCGGCCGGGGCCGGGAGCGAUGGCUGACUGGGCGCGGGCUCAGAGCCCCGCCGCUGUGGAGGAGAUUCUAGACCGGGAGAAUAAGCGGAUGGCCGACAACUUGGCUUCCAAGGUCACCAGGCUCAAAUCGCUGGCCCUGGACAUCGAUAGGGACGCAGAAGACCAGAACCGGUACCUGGACAGCAUGGACUCGGAUUUCACAAGCAUGACAGGCCUGCUCACAGGGAGUGUGAAGCGCUUUUCCACAAUGGCGAGGUCUGGGCGAGACAACCGGAAGCUUCUAUGUGGUAUGGCCGCAGGCCUGAUCGUGGCCUUCUUCAUCCUCUCGUAUCUCCUGUCAAGGGCAAGGACAUGAGCCACUAGGAACUGGCUUCUGUGAGUGCCCGGGGCAGCCAGGGUCUCCCCCUGCCUGGUGUCCUGGGCUCCAGAAGACCUACGUACAAAAUACUCCUUUGAAACGAUGAUCGUGGCUUGGGAAUCUUUUUCCUGUGUGACUGGGAGUUUGUGGCUUCCUCUGACCCCGUGAGCUCAUGUUGGCCGGUCCCAUGUGUGUGAGGGUCUCUUUCCCUUGGAGAAGCCAAGGCCCAGCUCUCUGUACUGUUCUGGGUGUUAGAGGCUCUGGCAGAGCAGGUCUGACCUGAGCAGCUGGGAAUCCUGGACAUGGCUACCUGUGGCUAGCAGCCUUCCCCUGUUCCUUGGGGCUUUGGCGUUUUAAGGCUCUGUCCCGUCCUUGUCUCUAGGUCAGGCCACAUCUGAGAUCUGAGGUGCCUGGAGCUGACACAGGAAGGGGGUGUGGCUGUGAACUUCGAGCACCAUUUCUACCAGAGAUGGCAGAUACUCUUGGCUAGGGCUGCUGGGCAUGGGUAGAUCAAUGUUGAGGGUUCCGCCCUGAGGCCUUGCCUGCCCUCCGGACCGUCGGGAAAGGGCAAGGGGCCAUGGAUGAAGGAGUGGACUGCAACCUUGGCUGGAGGCCCUGGGCCCUCCCAGUCCUUCUGGAUCUCACAGUCUUGUAUCCAGGAGAAGAAACUCCCCGUUUUCUCAGGAUUCGAGAGCUACCCAACACCAAAGGUGUAUUUCCGCGAGACCAGACCUUUAGAAGCAGUUCUGUCUGGCAUUUCAGAGUCAGGCAGUGUGUGUGUUGAGGGGGGCACCUUCUGUGGGUCAGGACAGGAGGCUUCCCUACAAGGACUCUCUUCGUAGGACCUGUGGGUCGCUUCUGGAGUGUCAGCAGGCAGCUUCCCAUCCACCAAGCGAGGCCCUUUGACAGUGACUACCACCUUACUGUGGGGACGCUUAGUUAUUCUCGCAUCCCUCUGCAGACUGCCCUCCAUGCCCACCCACCGUUUGUUCCCUGGGCCCUCACGGCCCACUUGGCCAGCCCCAUGUUCACACAAACCGAACCACAGGCCCAGCUGGACCAGCGGCAUCUCACCCGCUGGUGAGAUGUGGUGAGGUGUCGGCACCCUUGCUUGUGCACAAAUACAUGUAAGAAACGAUUCAUUGGCUCUGUGUCCUUCCCCGUCUUCUGUCAUCCCGGUUACUCCCCUUACUCCCUGAAGACUGUUGGCGCCCUGUCCACCCUCCUUGCCCGGGUCACACACAUUGACCACACGUCAACUCUCUUGGCCCUACCUUGCUCUGGUCUCCAGCCCUGGGCACUGCCCCUGUGGCACUGAUGCCUGCCUCCCCUUCCAGCAGGAUUGGCCUGUAUCCUCAUAUGGUCAUUCCAUUGUACCUGCUGGCCCUCUCAGCCUCCUGGAGGAGGAGGAUCCCACCUUCCUACUUCUGAGUGUUCUGUUCUGACUGCCUCUGCUCCUCCAGAUGCUCGUUUUUCAUCCAGUGAGGUCGGCUUACGUGCCUCCGUGUCUCUGGGACUUCACUGUUUCCCCUUACUCCCUGGCAUUCUCAGGCUCCCGUGGUCCUGCCUCCCUUCCCAGUCGCCACACUCUAUGGCUUUGACUUAGUCCUCUGCUCAUCUCACCUUAAAUCUUGCCACGGGGGCGUGCCCACUGGCCGCUGUGCUGGCAGCUGCCGAGGGCAUUGCAGACACACCCUCACCCUGCAUCCCCCACUCUGCCCGGGUUUGUGGUGCUGACUUCACUUUCUGAGAACAUGCUCCAUUGUGGGAGCCACGCCACACUAAGCGAGCUGUGCCUGCUCGUCCUGCCGUGGCAGGCUAGUUUCCAUUCUGCACUUGGGUGGUCUUGCUGAGUGUUCUCUGCUGUCUCCCUGAGACCUCCAGCUGUAACGUUCUCUCCUAAAGUUUCCAUCUCUGCUUCCAGCUGUUUUGGGGUCUGGGUUUUAGUUCCUUUCUGAUUGACCUUUUGGUCUCUCAUUCUCGUUGCAUUGGGAUGGAUUCCGUGAGGGGGGCCUGGCAAUUCUGCCAACCGGUCAGAGGCUUCACCCUCUUCCUGCUCAGCCUUGUGCACUCAGCACCUACUUUUGUGCAUGGGCGGGGUUUGCUGAUGUUGGUGCCUGAGACUAGUAACCCAAGAAGGACCCGGGGACCCAGUCUGUGCCAAGGUAGCUGCCAGGCUCUAUCCCGCAAUUCAAGGACAAGGCAUUUACCAAUAAAAAUUUGGAAUAAACAGUUUCAUGGUGAAGUAAA